GACUGGACGUAGAAGAGCUCAGGACACAACUCAUCCUGGAUGUUUUGAGGAUAAUACUUAGUUAUAAGAUAAAAAAAAAGAAAAAAAAACUAACUACGAGAAAUGAUGGAUAUUUGAAUCUGCUUUGAACGCACUCUCCACCUCCUUCUAUAACUUGUUUGUGCCAGGACUUCUUUACGCAUCAUCUUUACGCAGCUUUACGCUUAUUUUACGCUGCAGACGCUUAUUAUCCCUCAAAUACCACCUCAAGCGAAAUGUUCGGAUGAGUCCAGUAACUUGAAAGGACGUUGAAGAAGCUGUGAAAUGGCAGCUGUGACUCUUCCAGGCUGAGCAGCUUCCAGUGUUUCCAGUGGUGUGGCGCCCUCUGCCGGUGGGCCGAGGAAGGUCAGGACAGUCUGCCGGUGGGGCCGAGGAAGGUCAGGACAGGCGACAUGGGGAACACCUUUGACGAGGGGAUGAACCGCAUCAUCGUGAACCACUACAACCACACAGGGAAGUGGAACCGGCCCCGCAGCAGUGAAGCCUGCAAGAUGGCCGUGCUGCUCUUCAUCUGCGUGCUGAUCGUCCUGGAGAACGUCACCGUUCUGCUCGCCCUCUGGCGGAACAAACGCUUCCAUAGCCGCAUGUACUUCCUCAUCGGAAACCUGGCACUGUCAGACCUGCUGGCCGGUGUGGCUUAUGUGGUUAACAUCUUCACAUCGGGACGUAACACCUUUUUCCUGACACAGCAGCAGUGGCUGGCCAGAGAGGGAAGCAUGUUCGUGGCCCUCAGCGCCUCCACCUUCAGCCUCCUGGCCAUUGGCAUCGAGAGGCACAUGACAAUGGUGCGUUUGCGCCCCUGUGAGACGGCAGGUCGAGGUAGACUUCUCGCACUGCUGGCAGCCUGCUGGGUUGUCUCGGUGUUUAUCAGUGCCCUGCCCAGCCUUGGGUGGAACUGCCUGGACAACCUGCCUUCCUGCUCCACAGUGCUGCCACUUUAUGCCAAGAGCUACAUUGCCUUCUGCAUUAGUGUGUUCAGCGCCUUGCUGGUGGCUAUUGUAAUCCUCUACAUCAGGAUCUACCGCCUGGUGACCUCGAGCAGUCGCAGGGUGAGCAGCCGGCCGUCAGAGCGCUCUCUCACCCUGCUGCGGACAGUGGUCAUUGUUCUCGGGGUGUUUAUCAUGUGCUGGGCCCCCUUGUUCCUCCUGCUCCUGCUGGAUGUGGUUUGCAGUCCGCUGAAGUGCCCGGUCCUCUACCAGGUGGACUGGUUCAUUGCCUUGGCUGUGCUCAACUCUGCCCUCAACCCUCUGAUAUACACUCUGUCCAGCAGGGAGAUGAGAGCUGCCUUCUUCCGGCUGCUGUGCUGCUGCCUUAGCAGCAUGGAGCCCACGGGGACUCCCGCGGUGGGCAACCUCCACCUCGGCACCGUCAUCCCCACAGCGGAAAACAGCAAGACCAGUUUGGGUGGAGGAGGAGGCAGCGGGGCUUGCAAGUCCACACUGAAUAGGGGGAAGCUUCCCACACCUCUGAACUCUGACAACAGGUUUGGGGGUCCCUCUGCCACCGCCGUGUCCCACCCCUCCGGGCCUGCUGACCUGCUCUCAGCUGUGCUCGUGAAAGCAGGGGCUCUGCCGCCCCUCAGCAAGUUCUGAGCGGGCACACUGAAGUACACACAGAACAGACACUAUCCUGCUAUCAGCCACUUUUAGUUUGUGCACUUUGGCUUGUUUUGCUUUAUGAUAUGACGAUGAAACAAUAACAAUAUUCCGUUGGAACCAAAUAAAUGCUGAUUGUUGAACAGAAUACAAUCAAAAUCACUGAAAGUCACUAUUCUGUAAUGUUAUUUCCAACACUUCAGUGUCUGAAAUGUGUUUGUCUCGCACAAUAUUUAAAGUUUAGUAUUAUUGCAUAACCAUGAGAUACAACAGGACAAUGUCAUGGGUAUGGUUAUUCAGUCUCUGUCCCUGCCUGUGAGACAAGUCUUGGUAAUCCUUCAAAUGACAGCAUGGUGACGUAAACUUUACACUUGUCUGUCUGUCGGUAUGUUCAUUUGUUUAUUACUCCAUUAAAAGCAGACACAAUUCAAUUGUGGCACUUUUUUGUUUGCAUGUGUAUAUGCAGGAAUUGUUAAAACGCCUGCAGUUACCAUCACAACUAGAUUGAUAGUCUAUUUAUUUUCUGUGAAAACAUUUUCCACCUUUAUAUUGUAAACUGCUAUAUUGUUUUGCAUUGUGUGCAUAAAAUCGAUCACGGUACUAGGAGUUUAUUAUUAAUUCUUUUUGAUGCACUGUGAGGGACAUUUGUGUAUUGCCAGACUAGCGACCUCAUGCGGCUGUGACGCUCAUCACACAGCAGGAGACAAAACUGCCGGUCGGAUAAAUAUGGCACUGCUAUCUUUAGAUUGGUCCCACUAGCGGGCAAGAAUCUGGAGUUCGUCCUGACGGUGGCACUACAGGAGAAGUAAUGUUUUCAGCUCAGACUGGCUCAGCUCCUCUUCCCUUUUGUCAGUCUUAGCCUGACUGCUACUCUGUGAGCUGAGUUAGAAAAGGCUAAUAACACUCAUGAAGAUGUUUACGUCUCAGCAGCACAUGUAGGAACCACUCACACGUCAGCUAACCACUAGUGAAUAAGAGUGUUGGAUGUGAAUUAUUUAAUGGUGGUAGACUGUAAAUGACUUUCUGCCAAGGGUGAUGUAGUGCCUGACACAGUUAUAUAGCAAAUAAAAAUCUAUUUCCUUUUA